AUGUCUGGGAUCGAAUCUCGCCCAGAGCCCCCUGCAAUUAGGGAGAAAGGCUUCCGGCUUAGCUACGGGAGGUUCACCGCCGCAACUGGGGAUGUUGACCGGGUGGAGGGGUCUCGUCUGAGGGUUCUCUUCAACCCCGGUUCUCUUCGACUGAAAAGAGAUCAGAAAGAGGCACAAGAAGCUGCUAAGGUCCUGAAUACAAAACAGUUCUUGGCCGGUCAACUCAGGCACUAUGGGAUCAAGUUCCCGUCAUCCGCAAACUCUGGACAGCUACGCGACUUUUUGAGGGAUGCUGUUUUUGCAGGCAAGUGCGAUCAUGUCCCGGGAUCAGUGAUGCUUCUCAGAGACGCAAUGGAACGCAAACUAGCACCUCUGCACAAAAAAUGGGAGGACGAUGUCCGGGAUUGGGGCACGAGAAAGAAACGGAAAGAAGACGAGGCAUUUAACAGAUGCACAACACCUGGUGAAAGAGCCAACUGCGAUCUUGGGCGGUUUCUGGACUACUACUUCUUGACCGACGGAGAACCUGAUCAGACGAAAACUCCUGAAGCCUUUGCGGUGUAUGGUUUUGGUGGUAGGGCAUCACUUCAUCACAUGGCUGAGAAAAUCCCUGGGCUGCACACCAUGAGCGGUGGUCCCGACGACAAUCGCACUAUUUGCAUUGGUUGGAGUGACUCUGCCGUUCGCCGACUUGCCAUGGCCAUUGGCAGGCAAGCCCGCGAGGAGGAGAAGAAGAAACAAGAAUCUGAGUGGGAGAAAGCUAUGGAGGCACACCACGACUAUGUCUCAAAUUUCAAUCAGGGAAGCUCGUCUCAAGGUAAGAAGACACGAACCGGGAAAGGUAAGCCUUCUCAAAACUUUGAGCUUGGGCGAUGCGUAGGUUCGUACCUCGUCAAAUGUGACGCUGUGUCCGAUGGUUGGUCGUCGAGGAGUGACUUUACCAUGGAUAUCUGGGAGGGGAAAGGGGCACUCACCGCCGACUACCAUUUUGGGAUCAUCCAAGGAACCAUGCUGCUUAGCAAAAGUGAGGAAACACUGGAUGCGCUUACUGGUACUGGAGAUGACUCGGACGACGGUUCUGACGACGGUUCUGACGGCGGCUCUGACUCGGAAGAAUUCGACGAAGAUGAAGAAGACGACGAAAAACCAAAGACGAAGAAGAGACUUGCUAAAGGCGUCAGCGCAAGCAAAAAAGGUGCUGCCCCUGCAUCAAAGCGACGAAAGGUUACACCGUCUCUCGCUCGCCGCGUCUAUUAUCGACUAAGAGGCCUCGAAACCGGUGAAGGCGAGAUUCUCCCCGAUUCAGAACCCGGCCACUUGGACUUUCUCAGUGAUAGCUGUGCUACGUUUGUUGGUUUGGCCUAUCACUUUCCAUACGUGGGAAAAAAUGUCGAGUUUCGAGGAUACAAAGUGUCUGACGUCCCAAAGAAGCGAGCUGCGGGAUGGGACGACUUUUCGUGGAGGGCUUACGAGUCUGCAAGAAGGAGUAGGUGGCACUGA